AUGACCCCAGGAGUUUCUCAGGUCAGACCGGCGGUGUUGGCAGUUGCUCCGGCAAGUUCGAAACCCCCUCCCUCGCUCGCGAUAGGAGCUCCAGCCAUUCCGAAACCCACGGCGGAGGUACUAACACAACCACAAAGUUUCGACCUCCCGGCAUUUGAAAUACGGGUCAUUAUGAAAGCACUAUUCCCUGCAGCGACAUGGGUGCCGGCGCCGGCGGCAGCAAAGACCCCAGACAAGAAUGCAACGUACUGCACUUGCCCUCGAACAGGACCCCACAGCUGUGGAAGGUUCACCACCAUAUCAGGGAUGCCCUAUGCAGAGAGACUGCAAGCUCUAGAGACGACGCAACAAGUGCAAUACGACCCGCAUCCUCGCCUUUGUUCCCAUACUGGAAGGGGAAAGAAAGACGCAGAUGGGGCAGAGAGCAAGCACAGGGCGGAGAUCUUCAGUGACUUCUGUCAUACCAUUCAGUCCUGCACCAACGUCGCCACUGCCAGCAAAUAUGACAUCGAUGAGGUUAUUCGACAACUCGCUGUCAGCCUGGGUGUUGCGAAUGAUCCGCUGCUGGCGUCUGCCGAGUUCGAUAGGGCUGGUAAUACAUUGAAAUGGGCCAUUGUGUUUUGGGUGUUCGUCAAGACUUCCAUGGCUCGUUACAUUGGCGAGCUUGAACUGAAAUGCAUCAAGCCCUUCAGGAGCGAGCGUGGCAGCGCUUUCGUGUUUUGCUAG